GCGCACGUCACGUGGCAACCCCACACCCCCGCAUCACCUCCUCUCGUCCCCCCACCGCGUCUCGUCCUCCUCCUCCACCCCCGACCCGGCGACCAACCCCGCGAUCCGGCGAGCCCGAGAUGGGGUUCCUGGCGACCUCCGCCAUCUUCUUCCUCGCCGGCUUCAUCGCAUGCCUCUUCUCGCUCCUCUGCUGCAACCGCGGCGCCUCCACCAACAUAUUCCAUUUGACCCUGGUCAUUACCGCUACAGUUUGUUGUUGGAUGAUGUGGGCAAUCGUGUACCUCGCCCAGAUGAAGCCUUUGAUCAACCCCAUCCUGAGCGGCGAGUGAGCCCUGAUCUGCCCCGAAGACAACUUAAGAUCCACUGUUGAUGUAUCAUUAUUCGGUUGAGAACCUCUAUUCAUUUUGUUGCCAUAACUGAAAUAAAGAACCCGCUGUGAGAUUUUGCUACUCCGUCCGUCCUCCGGAGACGCUUCCGAGGAGGCACGCUGUGAUUAGUGUAUGCAAAUUGUAUUAUAUACACAAUAAUAAUGAUGAUUCUGUUUAUCCA